GACGGGGCGGGGCCCGUGGAGAGCAAAGGGGCCUCCCGCUCGCCGCCGGGCUUGGGGCACAGAGGCCUGGAGGCGUGGGGCGAGAUGGCGGCUCGCAGCCUGGGCUGCGGUGUCGGGAGGCUCCUGGGCAGCCUGCCAGGGCACGCGGGACCGCGGGGGUGGCCGCCGCCCGGGGUCAGCGCGCUCCGCAGGGCGGCCUCUGGGCCCUCGGGCAGCGUCCCCGCCGCCGGCGUGCAGCCCGCCUCGUACCCCAUGCUGAGGGUGCAGGCGGCCCAGCAGCCAGCCGCCUUCUGGGGGCCGCUGGCGCGGGAAACGCUGCUGUGGGACACUCCCUACCACACCGUUUGGGACUGCGACUUCAGCAGCGGCAAGAUCGCCUGGUUCUUGGGAGGCCAGCUAAACGUAUCUGUCAACUGCUUGGAUCUGCAUGUUCGGAAGUCCCCGGAGAGUGUCGCUUUGAUCUGGGAGCGAGAUGAGCCUGGAACUGAAGUGAGAAUCACCUACAGGGAACUGUUGGAGACCACGUGCCGCCUGGCCAACUUGUUGAAGAGGCAUGGAGUCUGUCGAGGGGACCGUGUGGCCAUCUACAUGCCUGUGUCCCCACUGGCUGUGGCUGCAAUGCUGGCCUGUGCCAGGAUUGGAGCUGUCCACACAGUCAUCUUUGCUGGUUUCAGUGCGGAGUCCUUGGCUGGGAGGAUCAAUGAUGCCAAGUGCAAGGUGGUUAUCACCUUCAACCAAGGACUUCGGGGAGGGCGCGUGGUGGAGUUGAAGAAGAUAGUGGAUGAAGCCGUGAAGUACUGCCCAACCAUCCAGUAUGUCCUGGUGGCUCACAGGACGGAUAACAAGGUCCACAUGGGGAAUCUGGAUGUCCCUCUUGAGCAGGAAAUGGCCAAGGAGGACCCUGUGUGUGCCCCAGAGAGCAUGGGCAGUGAAGACAUGCUCUUCAUGCUGUAUACCUCCGGGAGCACCGGGACACCCAAGGGCCUUGUGCACACCCAGGCAGGCUACCUUCUGUAUGCUGCCCUGACACACAGGCUUGUGUUUGACUACCAGCCGGGGGAUGUCUUUGGCUGUGUGGCUGACAUCGGCUGGAUCACAGGACACAGCUAUGUGGUAUAUGGGCCCCUCUGCAAUGGAGCAACCAGUGUCCUUUUUGAGAGCACCCCCGUUUACCCUGACCCUGGUCGGUACUGGGAGAUGGUGCAGAGGUUGAAGAUCAAUCAGUUCUAUGGUGCCCCGACGGCUGUCCGGCUGUUGCUGAAAUAUGGUGAUGCCUGGGUGAAGAAGUACGACCGCUCCUCCCUGCGGACCCUGGGGUCAGUGGGAGAACCAAUCAACCAAGAGGCCUGGGAGUGGCUCCACAAGGUGGUAGGGGACAGCAGAUGUACACUGGUGGACACCUGGUGGCAAACAGAAACGGGUGGCAUCUGCAUCGCACCGCGGCCCUCAGAAGAAGGGGCAGAAAUUCUCCCCUCCAUGGCGAUGAGACCUUUCUUUGGCAUUGUCCCAGCUCUCAUAGAUGAGAAGGGGAACAUCCUGGAAGGCAAUGACGUCUCUGGGGCUCUGUGCUUCUCCCAGGCCUGGCCAGGCAUGGCCAGGACCAUCUACGGAGACCACCAGAGGUUUGUGGAUGCCUACUUCAAGGCUUAUCCAGGCUACUACUUCUCUGGAGAUGGGGCUCACCGAACUAAGGGCGGCUAUUACCAGAUCACAGGGCGAAUGGACGACGUCAUCAAUAUAAGUGGCCACCGACUGGGGACCGCAGAAAUCGAGGAUGCAAUGGCUAGCCACCCUGCAGUGCCGGAGACUGCUGUCAUUGGCUACCCCCAUGACAUCAAAGGAGAAGCUGCAUUUGCCUUUAUUGUGUUGAAAGAUGACACAAGUGAUUCAGACAUGGUGAUAAGUGAGCUAAGGUCCACAGUGGCCACCAAGAUUGCCAAAUACGCCGUGCCUGAUCAGAUUCUGAUAGUGAAACGUCUUCCAAAAACUCGGUCUGGAAAAGUCAUGAGGAGGCUCCUGAGGAAGAUAAUCUUGGGCAGAGCUCAGGAUCUGGGGGACACAACCACCCUGGAGGACCCGGGCAUCAUCGCAGAAAUACUGAGUGCCUACCAGCAGCACAAAGACAAGAAAGCUACUAGUCAGUAAUGGGCUCUGACCAAGACCUAGUGCCCAAGCUCCUAACUUAUCCUUCUAGAACAUAGCUCUCAGUUUACUUAUUCUGAUGUCCCAGAUGUCCCAGAGCAGUCGCCUCCCAGCACAUAAUCCACGGUACCCCUAAUGUGAAUGAAGUCUAUGCUAAAAUCCCUCCCUUCUUUCCACUGGAGAACUGUGCAAGGGUACUGUCCAAUGUGCUUAGUGUUUGUUCUACUUGUCCUGAAUUUGGUUUCCUGGAAUGAAAAGUCCCUAUUGUCUCUGUUUCUGUGUCCUCUCCAGACAGCACGGGAAGGUUAAAAACCUGGUUAAGCAUGCCUACUCAGGUGAUUGAAAACUAGAAGCAGUCAUACUUUUUCCAGUUGUUUCUAGAUACCAGAGGCAGAUAUUUGAUUUUUAUAUUUUGGAAGAAUAACAUUCAAGCAUACAUACAAAAUGUAUGUUUGUACAGGCUUGCUUGUACAUGCUCUUUGUAACAGAGUUAUGAAAAUCUCCUUUCCUGCCUUCGUGCAUAGGAAAACAUGGAGAGGAUUGGAUGGUGCACAUUUAGUUAUUGUUCAGCAUAUUUGGAGAUCUGAAUUGGAAAUGUUUGUACCUCUGUCUAAACACAGCUCUUGAGAAUGCUCGAGCCUACAGCGUCCUUUUUUGGUAUAUAUUUCUACCUCCCUUGGUUUGUUAAUAAUGAAACUCAGUUCCUAAAGUGAUGACAUGAAUGUGCUCACCUUUUGGUUCUAAAACUACUCCAGUCACAUGUUCUGUUUCUCCAAGCUGUGAUAGAGAAAGAUUCCCCCUCUCCACCUUGGAUGCCUCUUGGUAGGAGGUCAACAUGCUCCAAAUUUGUGGGGUGGUUCAGGGAAGCCAAUGAAAACUCAGGUAAUUUUGAGCAUUGAUUUGGCUAGAACCAGACCCUUGCAAACUCUGCCUGUCCUUCAUUCUGUGGUUGGGGUAAGAACCAUUGAGGUCCAGUGAUGAGAGCUGAAGCUCUGAAUCUGGUCUCUCUUUCAAUGUGCCUUAAGUCUCUUCACGUUAGCAAGAUGAUAUAAAUCAUCAGGUUACAAAGUGUUUGUUUAUUAGCCAAGCAUGCCAGGGCCAAUGACAUGGAGUACAAGGGAAGGUAGCCUACUGAGGUAGGCCCUUGAAGACAGGGAGAUGUUAUCCUUGUCUUUACCCCAGUCUGUAGUGCCUUCCACCUGGGCAGGUGUUCACGGGGUGUCUGAGGUAUUGAACACUUACUGUAGACUGUAGCUGUACUGGCCUUCCAGGUGAUUGGGUGAGUACCCUGUGACACCCAGCGGGUGGCCAUAGCACACAUAUACUGAGUGACGGUAUGUUGUUGCAGCGCUCAGCCACAGAGAACUGUGCAUUGGACCUGUCACAUUUGUGCUGGAGUUGGCGGACUGUAGUUAUGAUGCUGUUUAUGAAAUGGCUUAGAUAGAAACUUGAACAGUGACCAGAGCCUCAGAAUGAUCAGCAUAGCAGUUCAAAUAAAGAUUUAUUUUGUUCAUUCUC